UCCCUGUAGCUCAUCCUCGCUUCUUCAACCAGCUGUAUGCAGGGAUGGAACCUUAUUCCAUGGUGGCGAGCUUCAUCACUGAGGCCAUCAAGACCAGCAUAUAUACUUACGAGGUUGCGCCUGUCUUCAUCCUGACGGAGGAGGCUGUGCUGAGGAAGAUGAUGGAGGUAAUUGGCUGGGAGGAAGGAGGAGACGGUAUCUUUAACCCCGGUGGUUCGAUGUCCAACAUGUAUGCUGUGAAUUUGGCCAGGUUCCAGCACUGUCCUGACGUUAAAGAGCUUGGACUCUGUGGGGCGCCACGACUCGUCAUAUUCACAUCACAGGAGUGCCAUUACUCGAUCUCCAAAUCAGCAGCAUUAAUGGGCAUCGGUACGAAGAACGUUUACGCUGUGGCUACUGAUGAUCGAGGGAAGAUGAUUCCAGCGGCGCUGGAGGAGCAGAUACAACGUGCCAAACAUGAGGGUGCAGUGCCCAUCAUGGUAAAUGCCACAGCAGGAACCACAGUGCUCGGAGCGUUUGACCCCAUCGACCAGAUCGCAGACCUCUGUGAGAAGCACAAUCUGUGGCUGCACGUGGACGCUUGUUGGGGAGGAGCAGCUCUGAUGUCUCAGGAGCACAAACACUUGUUAAAGGGCAUCCACAGAGCCAAGUCUGUGGCCUGGAACCCUCACAAGAUGCUGAUGGCCUGUCUGCAGUGCUCUGCUUUCCUGGUCAGGGAUAAAACAAACCUUCUUCAGCGCUGUCACUCUGCCCAGGCGUCCUACCUCUUCCAGGAGGAUAAAUUCUACGACGUGAGCUACGACACCGGGGACAAGUCUGUCCAGUGCAGCCGGAAGCCAGACGCUUUCAAAUUCUGGCUCAUGUGGAAGGCUUUAGGAAGUAGGGAGCUGGAGCACAGGGUCGACAGAGCGCUUCUCAUGGCCAGAUAUCUUGCAGCGGAGAUGAAGAAAAGAGAAGGUUUCCAUCUUGUGGCAGAACCUGAAUAUGCAAAUGUUUGUUUCUGGUACAUUCCUCCCAGCUUGAGAGAGAUUCCAGAAAGCCCGGAGUUCUGGAAAAAACUCCACAAUGUGGCACCAGUGGUGAAAGAGCGCAUGAUGAAGAAGGGCAGCAUGAUGAUUGGCUACCAGAUGCACGGUGACAAGGCCAACUUCUUCAGGAUGGUCGUCCUCAACCCUCAGGUCAGCCGAGAGGACAUGGACUUUGUCCUGGAUGAGAUCCACAAUCUGGGACAGGACUUGUGAUCAACUUUAAACUAAGU